AUGAUCCCGCUGCAGGUCCUAGGCUUCCUGCCGGGCGCGCAGCAGCUGUCUUCACGAGUGCUGCCAGUCGCAUUACGUGCAGUGUUGGCCGUUGUUGAAGGAGGAUGCGGCUGCGGAGUGUACAGCGCCGGCACGCGGGCAAGCAGCAGCAGCUUCAGCAGCGUUGCGCCACAGCGCUCAAGAGGCCGUCGACGAAACCAGCAGCAGCAGCAGGAGCAGCAGCAGCUUAGCACGUCCCAGCCGUGGGGACGGAUACCUGACGAGGACCUGCCGGUGCAGUACUCGCUGCGGCCGUCUGUGAUGUCGCCCCUGCACUCCGUCUAUCGGAAGCAUCAGGAGCUGCAGCGGUGGGCGGAUUUCGCAGCCCUGGGAGCGGCGGCCCAGAUCAAGCUGGGAGAGGAAAUCACAGCAGCGACUGAUGCAGAGGUCCCCUCGGAGCUGGCCAGGCGCCGCAAGGCGCUGGGCGCGCUCACCAACGCGUACGCCGCCGCGCUGAGCGAGGGCCCGCUGACGCCGCCGGCCAGGCCCGACCAGGGGCAGGGCUACACGCUGAUGCUUGAGCAGCGGCUGGCGGAUGAGCAGCCCGACUUUAUCGAGUUCUCGCGCGUCCUGAGCGGCGAGCGCGACGUGUGGGACUACUGGUUUGAAGACUUUGCUCCCCGCUACGACGGCCUGCCCGGCCUCGCCCCCCUGGUCAAAGCCUUCAGCCGGCCCAGCAUUGCGGAGGUGCGGGCUCACGCCGCGCCGCCGCCCCUGCUCACGGUCGCGCGGACGUGCUCUCUGGGGACUGCGGGGCGUGGGCGCUUGGGGGCUGCGGUGGUGGAGAGCAGCGUGGCGCGGCAAGGGCUGCGGGCUGCAAGCGUGCCGCCUAUGCGGGCAUGCCGUUGA